AUGAGCGCUGAGCAUGGACAGCAGCAGCAGUCUGGGGGCCGAAGGGGCCGUAGUUCUGGUGAUAAGAAGUCCAGAAGGCGUAGCCGGCGCAAGGAAACCUACUCAAUGUAUAUCUACAAGGUGCUAAAGCAGGUGCACCCAGACAUCGGCAUCUCUUCCAAGGCCAUGAGCAUCAUGAACUCGUUUGUGAAUGAUGUGUUUGAACGGCUGGCUGGCGAGGCUGCCCGGCUGGCCCAGUACUCAGGCCGAACCACACUGACAUCCCGGGAAGUCCAGACGGCAGUGCGUCUGCUGCUGCCUGGGGAGCUGGCCAAGCACGCCGUAUCCGAGGGCACCAAGGCCGUCACCAAGUACACCAGCUCCAAGUGA